GCAGUUGAUUGCAUACGCGAAAUGUUCACUGUAUGAUUCACAAGCCACUUCGCUCGACCAAGCACAACAACAGUGUAUGGCAGAUACAGUGUAAUGAAUUUGUCAAGAAAUUAGGUCAAGAAUGGAGAGCCGGGUUGAAAUGGAGAAAAACCAAACAAAACGGAAAGGCGCCAUGGCUUCCUGUUGGCAUCGAUGGAUAUGCAUUGCAGCAAAGUUUCAUUACAAUUUGGAGACACUUUUCUUCAAAUAUGGCUACUUCAUAGCUGGCAACCCAUUGGUAGUUAUUGCUGUGUGCAUCAUUUUCACAGGUGCUUUUGGGUGGGGAUUCUUGUGGUUGAAAAUCGAGAGCAGAACUGAAAAGUUAUACGUUCCUAAAAACAGCAGAGCCAAAAACGAUUUGGAUGCAGCUGACAAGUUGUUUAUAGUUCAAACGCGCAUUAUUCAUGUCAUCAUUUCAAGAAAGGAUGCAAAAAAUAUGCUCACAAGAGAAGCUUUUGGAGCUGGUCUGGAACUGAUGCAAGACAUUGUCAACAACACUGCCAUUGAGAAAGUUUGCAUUAAAGGGAACAUAAGUGAGCAGCCUUCGCUGAGUGCAGCGACAGCGCAGUGUCUGAGAACAGAUCCUUUUCAAUUGUUUAAAUACUCACAGGGUGAAAUUGCCAAUGCGAGUAUUGCCGGAAGAGUUAAUGAAUUGAUGAGAAAUGCAGACUACAUCAUGAAAAAUGGAAGGCCAUUAUCAGCAAACAUACACACGAUGCUUGGAAACAUGAAGAAAGCACCAAAUGGUACUAUAAUUUCAGCGCAAGCUCUUAGGAUUGACAUCCCGUCAAAAUUUCCAAAAACGGACCAGGAAUAUGAAAGUAUUCUUGACUGGGAAGGAAAGUUUCUUAAGUAUAUUGGCUCUGUCAAAGCAAAAUUUGAAAAGAAAGGUUUUGAUAUCUAUUACUUUACGUUUAAAAGUAUUGACGAUUCGAUCAACGAGAGUACGAGUGGUGACAUAGUUUUGAUCACAAUAACAUUUACAAUUAUGUGUUCAUUCACAUGCAUGUCAUUGGGAAGAUUUCGUAAUCGAGUGACCGGACACGGACUGGCAGGAAUGGCUGGACUCUUAGCUGUUACCAUGGGAAUCGGUAGCUCAUUUGGGCUAUUGAUUAUCUGCGGAGUGAAGUUUCUUGCCAUGGUUGGUAUAUUGCCCUUCCUGAUUUUGGGAGUUGCUAUCGAUGACAUGUUUAUAAUUCUGGACGAGCUAGACCGGACUGACUUUAACCUACCUACCAGAGAAAUCAUUGCAAAGGUCCUUGGGCGAGUUGGAGGCACCGUUACUAUGACAACACUCACAGACCUUGUUGCCUUUGCGGUGAGCACAACCAGCGCCUUCCCAGCAAUCCAAUACUUCUGCGCCUUCGCUGCGGUUGGACUCACAUUCUCGUAUUUGAUGAUAAUGACGUUUUUCGUUGCAUUUUUGGUUUUUGAUAUUAAAAGAAUCAAAGCUGGUAGAUGGGAUAUAAUUCCAUUGUUAAGAAAGGCUGACUUUAAAAUCGAUGCAGAAACAGGGUUGAUUGUAAGCACAAAACAGCAAUUUUCUUCUCUUAUCAUGAACAUGCUUGGUCGAAUUUUAACUCACAGAGUUGGCAAGCUUCUUGUCAUCUUGGGCAGUUUUGGUCUUCUCGCCGCCGGGAUCAUUGGUGCCUUGAGCAUUACUGAAACAUUCAAUUUAAGAAUGCUUGGUAAAGACGGCUCACAAUACAUUCAGUUUCUUGACAAGGAAAAGGAAUACUUUGCUGACCCGAUCCCAUUAGCAUUGUCGUUCCAGGAGCAUUUCGACUUGAUACUGAAGAGAAUCAGAGAGUAUUCUAAAAUAAGUACCUUGGCCAUAAAAAGCCAUUCAACAAUGCUGCAACAGUCUAUUGAUUGGCUCAGAGAGUUUAGAGUCUGGUCAAAAUCUCACAAUAAGAGCACUAUUGGCAGCGAUUUCCUGACGUCACUUGGAGAGUUCCUUCUAAUUCCCAGAAACAAACAGUAUGCUUCUGACAUAAAAUUUUCCAGUGACAGAAGACAGAUUUUAGCCACGCGGAUUCACGUUUUUAUGAAAAAUACAGACGAUUCUAGCAAGAGCAAAGAUUGCAUGUUAAACCUUCGAGAAGCAUUAGACAAAAAAACCUCAAUGAAGGCAUACGCAGCAGCAGUUGCAUUUCUAUAUUUCGAGCAAUACGUCCUUAUUGUACCAGAGACAACUCGAAACGUCGUUGUCUGCGGCAUUACUGUCUUGAUAAUGACCGCACCCUUUCUACUGCAUCCGGGAAUUCUCCUGCUCAUGGUUGUCAGUUUUACAGCCUUGAUUUUUGAGCUUAUGGGUAUGAUGGCAUUAUGGAGUGUUUCCUUGAAUAGCAUUUCAAUGAUCAUUCUCACUAUGGCUAUAGGCUUCUGCGUCGAUUACAGUGCCCAUGUUGCGCAUGCUUACGUCACAUCGGAUGCAAACGAUGCGAAAAACGGCAUUAUAGGCUCGUUAACAACUACUGGUGCUAGCGUUUUCAUGGGAGGUUUCAGCACGUUUCUUGGAAUGCUUGUUACUGGUUUUUCAUCGUCAGAAAUCUUCCGCAUCUUCUUCAAGAUGUUUUUGGGAAUAGUGGGUCUCGGUCUAUUGCACGGACUUGUCAUUCUCCCAACUUUUAUAGCUACAUUGAACAUCUCACGGGUAUCUCAUGGGAAAAGGAGAGAUGACAGUGAUGUUGAUGGACAGGUAAUCGACAACAAAGUGUGUGAUCAAGGCGAACGUAUGAAGAACUUGACAGAAAAGGCAUAGCAUUUUUAGGGUGUAAAAUUAUUCAAAUUCAGGUUUUAAAGGGUAAUUCUUUUCUAGAUGUAUGUAAAAUAGGUGUAUAUAAUGGAAGCCUUUGGAGAAGAUUUUAGAAUAGUUCUCUUUAUGAUAUCUUUAGAUCAAGCUAAACAAUGAGACAUUUUGUGAGACACUCGGGGUCCGUAGAAAUUUCGUAUGAGGAGGACUGUAUGACUGCGGAGCAAAGUGAACUCUAUGGAGAAAAAGAGGUUCUGGUCAGUGGCGUACCCAGGGCCGCAGCAGUGGGGAAGUCUGGGGCGGAGCCCCCAGAUUUUUUCUGGACCUCGCCCUUCAGACACUCGCAAAUGCGGAAAACGCCCUUUUUGCAAAAGUUCCCUCCAUUUUUUCAUUAAUGUUAGCUACGGUAAAUAGCAAAGUAUUUUACAAUUGUUAUUGACACAAGCAUAUAGUAUACUACCCCCCCCCCCAAAUGAGUUUUACAUCAUUUUUGGACAAAUCUCGAGGAUCAUAUUUUAGAAAAGUAGGGGGGUCCGGACCCCCCUAUUCCCUCCCUUGGGUACGCCACUGGUUCUGGUUAUUGGGAAAACUUUUGAAACCAUGCCUUUUAGAACCUCUAAAAAGCAGAGGAAAUAGCCAACAGUAAAUGUAUCAUAUUUAUAUGAAAUGUUUUUCAAAAAAAUCAUAAAGUUAUCAUAAAGUAGCUUACUUAGAAACAGUUUUUCGGUAUGGAAUUAUAGGAUAUCUUACCACAACUUUCGCAUGAUAUCUACAUUCUAAACAAACAUGAACGGAGACUUUGUUUAAAUAAGGUUGCUAAGAUGGUGUCAAGCAUUUCUGUUCUAAGUAAAGUUUUGAGAAAGUUAUUUUCCUCAGAUUCCUUGAACUAAAGCGUUUCCGAAAGCAUUUCAGUUGGGUAAGAUUUGAGGUAAAAUAAACCGAAUUAACAAAAACAGACUGAGUGAGUCUUGUGUAAGCAACACUGGUUACUGAGGGAUUUUGGAUUGGCUUUAGGAAGCCUUUUAGUGAAGCCCCCUCUUUUAAUAAGAACCAUUAACUUGAAGUUCAGGCAGAUACUUCUUAAUUUUUCCAAAACUUUGAAGCUGGAUUGUUCUUAAUUUUUUCUUAUAUUUUUAGGGUGCAAAAAAAGCAAUUGCUAGCGUUCAGGCACCAUUUUAUUUGCCAACAAAAUGAGCGAGGCCAAUUUUGAGACUCGUGUUUUUUGAAAAACUGUUCUCAUGGAAAAGAGUAAAUAGCCAAAAAGCCCACAAUAAAAAAAAUUGUUCAGGACCCCCUUUUUAUUGGAGGCCCUUAGUUUUGGAACUAAGAUGGCCUAAACUGCGUAUACCCCUGCGAAGAGCCAGCUCAUUAAGGAUUUGAGACCAGUUCAUCUCUUUCAUCCCAAAUCGUCGACAAGAGCUAACGUAAAUUAUCUUUCAAGACCCUUGGCUCAUUGUUUUUCAGCACUUUUAAGGGGGGCUUAUAAGAAAGGGGGCUGAAUUGAAAGAGAGGGCUCGAUAAAUAUUUUGUAACAAAAACCAUUUUCAGUGGUAGACUAUUUGCUUGUUUUUUGCGAAUAAAAUCUACAUCAUUAUUACUACAAUAUUACAUUUUUACUUGUUAUCUACAUCAUUUUAAUUGUCAUUGUCAUGAAUCAUUAAUUCUAAAAUAUCUUCUUGGGCCAUGUCGUCUUCUGAAAUCGAGCAUUCGAAAAGGUCGACUUCAUCCCUCUGACUACCCAUGGCCUGUAAUUUUGUAAAAGGCUCUCGCAUGGCCCGUGCUUAAUGCACAUUAAAUUUUUGUCUUUGGAUCCGCCGAGACUGGAAGAAACAUGCUUUGAAUUUUGAUUUGGCGAGAAAUAACGACCAACGAAUAAAAUGAAAAUCUCCGUUUUUUGUCAAGAUCUGUUUGCAUUUUUCAGCAUACAUGAAACAGGGGAAGAAAAUUUUCCUUUAUAAUAUUUUUGUGAUUUGCUAAAUAAGCCCCCACCUUCGAGUAACCCCCCUCCCGAAUAAGCCCCCAUUCAAAUA